AGACUGGUCCUGGCCGGCUUGGAAGUUGAGUCCCUCUUUUCUUCUUCUUUUUUGGCCCUUUUCCUCCCACUUCCAAUUUUCCCUGUGUUAGGAAGAGGAGAAAAAAAAAAAAAAAAAACUCACUGGCAUGAAGACCGGCGCGCAACAAGGUCCCUUCUCCGCUGUCUGUCAAUCGGGCGAUCGAUCGGUCAGAGUCAGUCGCCUAAUUCUUUUGUUAUUAUUUUGGUCUUCUUUGGUCUGGUCUGAUUCGAUUAUUAUGAUUAUUAUUAUGAUUAUUAUUAUUAUUACUGAAUCUCCGACGUCUCGCUUAAGAAAGGGUCCGUGUCCAUCCCCCUUCGUAAGUUCGUCCAUCUCUCAGAGAGAUCAAAGCUCCCGCGCAUCCGGGUUAAGGAUGCGAGGGUUCCCCAGAUUUUACCUGGUCGGGAUCGACUCCCGGUACUCCGUAGAUCUAGGAGGCUCGCAAGGCGCCUUUUCGUUAUUCCUACUGAUAUGAUCCAAAUGAUGUUCUCGAAGCUCUUUUUUCCCCUUAUUAUUAUUAUCCGAGAUAACUACCAUUAGGGGAUGCUCUUUCUUUUGUUGGCUCUCUCCAAAAACAAAAAGAAACUAUGACAAUGUAACUCACAAGGAUAUCUGUACCGAGGUAUCUCUUCUUUCAAAGCACAUCCAGCCAGC